UUUCAAGUUGAAAGGUUGAAAUAAGUACAGCAUUUCUAAUAUCCCUAAUUUACAAAUACUCCUAAUAAUGCACUAGACUGAAAGUCAAGGAAAUAAAUAGCAACUAUGCUAUUUUUGCAUUCAUUUCAUCUCAUAUAUUCUUCACAGCACUUUCCAUUUAAGAUAUACAAAGCAAUAUACUUAAACGCAAAAUCCAGUAUGUUUUAUGCAAGCAACUGAUGAUUGAAUUAGGAAUUAUUCAGCAAGCCCUUCCAGGGUGCUUUCAUAUUUUACCAAUGGGCUUAAGGGCAUUAAAUAAAAUCGUAAAUAUAGUAGAUGAAGAAAUGCAGAGAAUAGGCGGCCAAAAGACGUGUUUUCCUACUUUAGUUAAAUCUAAUCUUUGGGAACGUAGUGGUAGAGCCGUCGAAAUGGGUCCAGAACUGAUAACUUUGAACGACAGGCAUGAUCAGAAAUACAUUUUAGGCCCUACACACGAAGAAACCGCUGCCAAUUUAAUAUCAACAUUAGGAACCACAUCAUAUAAAAAGUUUCCACUGUUGUUGUAUCAAAUUACUUCAAAGUUUCGAGACGAACUAAAACCUCGAUUUGGAUUAAUUAGAGGCCGAGAAUUUCUAAUGAAAGAUAUGUACAGUUUCGAUGUGGAUCAAGAAAACGCACUAAAAACUUACAAUACCAUCUGCCAAAGUUAUGACAGAGUAUUUCAACGAAUAGGAGUUGAUUUUGUUAAAGUUUUGGGUGAUUCUGGUGCAAUGGGUGGUAAUUUGUCUCAUGAAUAUCAUUAUCCCGCUGCAAUUGGAGAUGACAAAAUACUACUUUGCCAUCAAUGUAAUCAUGCUACUAAUACAGAACUGACUGGAAAACAUAAAUGCAGUAAAUGUGGUGAAAGCGAAAAUAUAUCUAUAGAAAGCGCUAUAGAGGUUGGCCAUACGUUCUUGCUCGGAGACAAGUAUUCCAAGCCGCUCAAAUCAGUUUACUUGAAUGAAAAUGGUAAACCAGAGGACCUACAAAUGGGCAGUUACGGGAUUGGAGUUAGUCGCAUUUUGGGCGCAGUUCUGGAGUGUCUCAGUUCAGAAGAAGAAUUAAGAUGGCCUGAUAGCAUUGCUCCAUAUAAUGUAGUUAUUAUUACACCGAAAAAAGGAAGCAAAGAAGACCAACUAAUCGGCAACCUGGGUGAAAACUUGUACCGAAACUUGGAAUCCUUUAUGCCGAAUCUCAAAAAUGAUAUAAUACUUGAUGAUAGAACAGAAUGGACCAUUGGCCGAAGGUUACUAGACUGUAAGAGAACAGGCAUUCGAUAUAUCAUAGUAUUAAAUAAAAAUUCCUGCGAGACACCUCCACGAUAUGAGCUGAACGACAUCGUUAAAAAUGUUCAGCUGAAUCUACAUGAAAGCGAUAUUGUUUCAUAUAUUAAUAAAAAUGGACAACUGGACAAUGAGAGGCUGAAAUCAUCUUCAAACUAAAGUUAUAGUUUAGCUCGAAUGUUUCAAUAUCAAUAUAAGAAGUAAACGUUUCUGUUUUUGUUAUCAAUAAGGGAGGUUGUAGGUUUUCAGGAAAUACAUGUGCAAGUGUAAA